AUGCAACCCCACACUUCGGCAAUGGCCACAAUGGAUCUGGGAUUUGACGACGGGUUCAACAAUGUGUACGACGAGUUGGAGAACAACACGUACCAAGUCCAAAUGACGGCCGUCACCACGCAACAAUCCACCUCUUAUGCGGAAAUGCAGCCGAUACAGGCGACGUCCUCUCACAACUAUCAAGAGCCGGUGCAACAAAUGUAUGUGGAAGCGCAUGGGACGCAAGAAACUAGCUACUAUCAGUAUGAGCAAGUGCCCGUCACGCAGCCGCCACAGCUAAUACAUCAGAUGCAGCCCCAGACGAGCGGCCAUAUGCAACAAAUGAUGACGUCGUCUGACUAUAUGCAGGUGGAGCCGUCGACAUCGCAAAUUGUGGACCCCGUAGUGCUGCCCCAGCAGUCCAACACGCCACAGCCAGCGAAGCCCAAGUCGAAUCGAAGCUCGCAGCAAAAUCGGUCGAGUGCACAGAGAAAGGGCAAAGCUGCUGCUGCAGCGACCAGUAAUCAAGCGCCGCGACAACAGCCCAAGAACCCAGACAAUUCCCAGCAAACCGUCUGUCUCAGCCAAGAGGAAACACAGUUGAUGUCCCAAAUUAUGCGAGAGCUUCAAGAAAUCGCAGCGCAAUUGGCGGCAACGGAAGACGAGGAUAUCAAGAGCAACUUGGUGCAGAAGAGGAAGGAGCUAGAGGAGACUCAACAGCGCAUCCUUCUGUCACAGUUGAUGAAGCAGAACGCCUCGAGCAAUCCAGUGUGUCGCCAGUAUUGGCGAGCUGUCCGGGCCGCCGGCCCUAUCCUUCUAGAUGUCCGGGUCUGGAGCAACGGUCCGGCCCAGCUGAAGGUGCUCCAAAGGCAGGGCUCGGGCACGACCCUGGCCCCGAAACGCUCCCAACCCAAGAAGCCACCUCAACAACCCGUCGAGCCACAGCCCAAGACCAUCCAGGUCAUCCAACAACCCGACGGCAGCCUGGUCUGCGUCGAAACGGGCCAAGUGCUGAGGGCCAGUAUCGAGCCAAUGACCAAACAGCCACCGGCCACCAUCACCCCGCCGCCCGAGGCCGUCGCCGGACACACCGAUGGCCCACCGCUGCUACACCCCGAAACCGAGGCCGCCCAUGCAUCUACCUCGGCCAUCACCAUGCUCUCCUCGACGGCCAACGACGGAUAUUGUGAAGUGAAGCCUGUAACAACCACCAACAUCCAGCAGCAACCUCAGCAAAAUGUGCAAAUCACGACGGCACCCCUGCAACGGCGUCCGAUGCAAAAGCAGCAACCCCCUCAACAGCAGCAGCAGCAACAACAACAGCAACCAACCGUCGUCUACGUACAGACCGGGCAGGGCCAGGCGGCGGUCGUCACCCAGCAUCAGUACAUCCAACAACCACCCCCACAACCCCUCCAUCACCAGCAGCCUGCCCCCACCCAGAUCGUCACCAAUCAGGUCAUCAAUUCGCGGAAUAGCAUUUCCACCGAAACGAUGAAAAUUGUCGCGGGCCAGCUGAUCUCGCAAAAUCCGGGGGUUGAGCCGACGGUGAAAGAUGUAGUACGCGUGGCCUCCGGACAGCAGACUGGCCGCUACACACUACCGGCGCAGAACAAUAGAAGGCAACAACCGUUGAUUCUCACUUCCACCGGGGCCCAACCGCAAGUGGUCGUUGGAAAGAUCACCAAGAUGCCGGCCGCCGAGUGCCAGAAACGCCUAGCCGAGCGACAAGAAACGCGUGCCACCCGGUUACGCAGCUUCUUUGACGACAUGACCGAGCGGAUAGGGCAACCGGAAAGCGAGCGGCCCUUCUCGUCGCUGAAGGACGUCGUGGAGCGCUUGUUGCCAUACGGGCUGAGCGACGAGCCGCCGCUCAAGCCUGAAUAUGAAGCCGAGUUUGACAACAACCUGAUGCGAAGUUUCCUGAACCUCUCGAUGAAGCAGGACAACCUGAUGAAGCGCGUGGGCCGGGCAUUUUUGCAAGAGUCACAGCGCGAGUGCAACAUGCAAGAAAAGAACCUGCUGCUCUACCUCGACCACGAAUAUGAGCGGCGGAAAUUUGAGGCGGAAAAGGCGUUGACGAAGGAGGAAAAUGGGCAUGAAAGGCUGAUCGAAUCCUCGACGCUGAUCCCGGCGCUGCGAGAAGCUGGAAUUUCGGACCCAAAGGCGGUGGCCCGUGGACGUGGAGGACCAGCGCCGCAACGGCCCAGUGUGUUCUCCCAAGCGCAGGCCUACGAGUACUACGAUUUUGAUGAUGUCCCCUCAACGGCACCCCGGCCACCUCCAUCCCCGUCGCCACCACCUUUUGAAAGGGUUUGUUUUUGUGUCUUCGUGAUUUUAAAAGAUGCCGUCCCCUUCACCAUCAUUAUCAUCGAUUAUGUCCUCUCCCUCCUCGUCGGUUCGCUGUUCCAGUCGAAGGUCUUCCAUCUCACCGGAGAAAGCCGUCAAGGAGAUCAGACGGGAACCACCGCCGAGGUUGUGCGCGUGCCGCCCCCGAUGCCGAAGGUAUUGGCGCAGAAGCAGGAAAAAGUGCCGAAAGAGGAGCCGCCCACGCCCAAGCUUGAUCGGCUCGAGAAGCCCGUUCCGGCCGUGAAGCCGAAAAUGGCUGAAAAGGCUGUGAAGGUGGAGAAAGCGAUCAAAGUUGAAGCUGCUACCACGCCCCGAUCCCCGUCGGUCGCCAAGCCCGCGCCGGUGCAGCGUGUUGAGAAAGCCGAGGAGAGCAAUAUUAAGACCAUCCGCUCACCUCGCGCAUCAUAUCCGCAGCCGCUGAAGAUGCGGGCGAAGGCCCACGAUCGCAAGGAGCGCGAAGAGGACAAGGUCGAGGUGGCGCCGCCAACAAUCCUGAAGAAGACGACGGCCUGGGAGCAGACCAAGGCGCAGCAGGCGCUCGCCCUGCAGGAGACGAUCCGUGCCGCGUCAAUGCCCAUCAAGAAGCCGGUACCAAAGCCCACACCACCACCCCCGGAGCCCGUCGUCUCACCACUGAAAAUUCAACCACGCGUGUGCCGGACAGAGUCCAACCUCGAAGAAGAGGCUUCAGACGACGAUCGCGGAUCGGUGUCACCCGAACUUGGCGAGGCCCCACCCCCUGCUGUCAUAGCGCCGAAGCCGAUGCUCGUCCCACCGAAGCCCAAGAUUGUCCCCAUCCGCUUGCCACCACCGCGCCCUAACCGGAUACGGGUCAAGGAUGAGGCCAAGGCCGAGAAAAGUGGAGCGACGCCAGAACCAGCUCGAAUUCCACCAACCCCUGCGGUUAAGGAGGAAAAGCCGGCCGAAGAACCACCAAAGAUCCAACAACCCGUACCGAUCAGAUUAAAGCUGAAGCUCGGCAACAUGGUCGAAGAGGUGGUCGUCGCGAAACCACCGGGCCCCCGAUACACCGCCGCGUUUGUGCACGAACUGCGCCGGAAACAGAAGCUCGAGAAGAAGGAGAAGAAAAAGAAAAAGAAGGAAAAGCGAGAGCGGGAAAGGCUUGAGAAGGAAAAAGCAGCGCGGGUUGUGGAAGACUACGGCAAAGACCAGAACCAGCCGCCGCUGCUCAACGGGACGCACUCGUGGAAUGGAAAGCACCACUACGACGACGAGCCGUGCUGCUCGAAAUCGCUGAGCCCCGAGCUGCCCGCAGCCAACACGAGCGGCACGCUGGUGUUCAAGAUCAACCCAAAGAGCCUAAAAAUGCAUGCUGUUUCGCCAUCGGCUUCCCGGUCGAACUCGCCCGCCGUCUCGUCGAGGCCAUCAUCAAGAUCGAAUUCUUCUCUGAAGAUCCGUACCUCGCUGGGCAAUAGUCGAGGCGCGUCACCGGCAAUUCCGCUCUUAAAAAUACAACGUGAUUCUCCGUCGGAACCUGCCGUGCCAAAACUACGGAUAUCGCUCAAGUUGCCGAAGCCGGAGGUCAAGGAGGAGCUGAAGCCCGUCGAGCCCGAAAGGUUGAAGCGCCCUGAGCCACCGACAAAUGGCCACGUCGUGGAACCAACACCACCAAAGCUUCCGCGCCUGAAGCUCAGCCUCGGCGCGUUGAAGAUGCCUGCCCCGGAGCCCGUCGUGCCUGUGCCCGAGCCCGUUGUCGCGAAGCAGAUUCCGGCACCGGUCAUAACGCCACCGAAGAAGGUGCAGCCGAUCAAGCUGGCCGCCAAGCUCCCGCCCGCCCGGGUUGCCCAGCCUGUCAAGCAGCAGCCACCUCCACCGCCGAUACAAAGAGCAUCCGACUGCGGCCGAGCGCCCUUCACGAGACCGAGCCCGCCACCCGUCCAAAGAGCAGCUCCCAAAACGCCGGUCAAGUUGGACGAGCCCGUUUCGGUGAACCCGUUAGUGGCUCUCCGCAACGCUUCCCGACAAGUCACAGCCCAGCAAAUCUUCGGAAACCCCGGCCGCCCUCACUUCAAGAGCACCGGACCGCGGCCGAAAUCCGCCACCGCGCGCCGACCUUCCUCGCCCAAGGCCCCAGCGCCCGUACCACGGCUACCCGCGGCUCGACCACCACAACAGCCCGUGGUUCGGACGCCGGUGGUUGCGCCGCGAGCUCCCGCCCAGCCACAGGGUGGCGUUGCUUUCUCGGAUGAUGAUGAAGACGACGCCGCCGACACCACCACCGCCCCAGCAGAAGAUCAUCUCGAGGAUAUGCUGGCCACCUGGGGACUAACAUCCAACGUCCCGAUGCAACAAAAUAGCAUGAAGAACACCAACGGCUACAUG